AUGGUAUCGCUAUUUUACCACUGUUCGCUCCGCCUGGGACCACAGGAUAUAUGGAAAGCGAUGCCAUACAACGGUCAACAACAUAAGCAAGGCAAUUUAGGAGAAGAAGCAAAACGUUUGAUUGUCGCUCAGGUUGAAGUAUUGUUUAUUUCAGGUCAACAACAUAAGCAAGGCAAUUUAGGAGAAGAAGCAAAACGUUUGAUUGUCGCUCAGGUUGAAGUAUUGUUUAUUUCAGGUCAACAACAUAAGCAAGGCAAUUUAGGAGAAGGUGGUGCGGGUAAGGAAAAAGUGUCAGCUAAAAAGAGUCAACAACAUAAGCAAGGCAAUUUAGGAGAAGGAGAAGGUGGUGCAGGUCAACAACAUAAGCAAGGCAAUUUAGGAGAAGGUGGUGCGGGUAAGGAAAAAGUGUCAGCUAAAAAGAGUCAACAACAUAAGCAAGGCAAUUUAGGAGAAGGUCAGCAACAUAAGCAAGGCAAUUUAGGAGAAGGUGGUGCGGGUCAACAACAGGAAGAUGAACCGUCGGCACAAAAUGAAUGA